AUGAAUGAUGAAUGGAAUGAGAGGAAGAAGAAGAUAAGUGUGAGAGUUGUUUCUCUUUCUGCUGCUAUGCUAAUGAAUGGAGAAAUUAUAAUAUUUAUAGAGAUGUGUUUGGGGUGUGGAGUCUGCAACAGCGGCGAAAAGGCGAAGGGUGAUGAUGAGAGAGAGAGUACGACGGUCAAAGAUAGAUUUGAAGAUGUUUUAGAUACGCACGAUGACGAUGAUCAUGAAUCAUGGACCAAAAGUUCUUUCAUUUUUUCCUCUCGCAACUUUGCCCCUCUCUCUUCUCAUUAUUUCCCCUUUUACUAUUCUAUACCCUCCUUCUCAAAUUACCCUCCUACCCUCGCCUUUUCUUUCCAUUAA